AUGUAUGAUGUGGAAAUACAUAACUUGAGGCCUGGAAGUGUCGAGGCUGAUUUCACACUGAAAUUUCGCGAACUGACGUAUAACCACACUGUCAAGCUGCAAGAGGCGCUCUUCAACAGGUCUUUUGGAAACAUGACAAUAGGAGAGGUGUUCUGGGAUUUUAGUCCACACAUUCCUCAGGACGCACCAAGGAUCACCAGUGUUACAUUACUAAACGACUUGUCAGUGGAGGUCAGAUGGGAAGGUAUUCCACUUAAUACCUUUGCUGGGGCACCACAAGGGUACAAGAUUGUCUACUAUGAAAACACCACUGCACAUGCGCCUAUGUAUCAGCACGUGUUUGCUCCGGAAUUGAUAAACACCAUAAGAGUAGGAGGCCUCCGGAAUAACACUUUGUAUUCCAUAACUGUUGUUGCAUGCAAUGUAUUCGCUGAUGGACCUCCAAGUGAGCCAGUCAAUAUAAUGACGACGUCUGCCAAAUUUAAUCUUCCUCCAGUUCCCCAAAACAUUAGCGUGACAGCUAAGAAUUCUACUUAUGUGACAGUCGAAUGGUUGCCAGUGUCACGUCAUCUUGUGUCGAAUUAUCAUUACAACUACACCCUUUCGUGGCUCGCCGUUAAAGGAGGGUCGCCAGGCGUCAUUACAAACGUUACUCUAAAUGUGACAUCAUUCGAGAUUCGUGGGCUGACCCCAUACACAAAACAUGUUAUACAAGUGGCUGCAAGGGACUGGAACGGGACAGGCAGAUUCAGUAAUCCCUUGUGUGUGUAUACACUAGAGGACGUUCCCAGUCUAACGCCGCAAAAUGUUACCGUCCAGAGCCUCAACUCUUCUUCUUUUGUACUCACCUGGGGUCCAGUCCCUUUACAAUAUGCGAACGGAAGGAUUCAAGGAUAUCGGGUGAGAGUUUGGGAACAAAACGUCACUAACGUAUCAUAUUCCGUUAACAAAAAGAUGAUUCUUGUAGAAGGACUGCAGCCAUAUACAACAUAUAAAGUGGAAGUUUCGGCUUACACGUCAGUGGGAGAAGGAAAUGGUUCAUUUUUGUUGGUAACAACACUAAAAGCAGUUGAUACAAAACAGGCCAUUCUUGCACCGGAAAACGUGACAGUCAAUGUAACGAGCGCCACCUCCUGUCACGUUCAGUGGCUCUCAGUGUCACACAAUCACACCUUACAAAGUCCAUACAAUUAUACACUGGAGUGGGAAUCUACUAGAUACGGAAAGGCGAAUGUAACGGUAGGAGCAACAUCUUACAACCUCCAAGGCCUCGUGCCAUUUACAACUUAUGGUAUACGUGUGGCUGCUGUAGAUGGGGUUCAUAAUGGGACGUUCAGUAAUACAGUUUGGGUCCAGACUCCAGAGGCGGUUCCAAGCCAAUCGCCGCAAAAUGUCACUGCUUCCAGUGUCAGUUCCAACUCGUUUCAACUUAAUUGGGUUCCAGUCCCUCAAGAAUUUGCCAAUGGCAGGAUUCAAGGUUACCGAGUGAGUAUCUGGGAAUUAAGUCGGUGGAUAGCAGCUAUGAGACCGAAUAAAACAACAGUUGACAACUCGACAACCAGCGCUCUGAUUGGUGGACUGGAAGCUUAUACGAAUUAUGUAGUGCAGAUAUCGGCCUUUACGGCGGCAGGAGAAGGGAAUAUCACCCACAUAAAUGUAUCUACUCAAGAGGGAGUUCCAACCAGACCUCCGCAGCAAGUUCAAGGAAUCAAGCAAAGCUCAACCAGUUUACUGAUCACGUGGAUUACCGUCCCAUCAGGCCACGCGCACGGAGUGAUCAUAGGUUACAACGUUUACGUCAACAAUGGCAGUGUACGCGUUCUCUCCACAUCUGUUAAUGACGCUGUGCUGACUGGUCUCAAAAAAUACACUCAGUACACGGUUCAAGUAUCGGCAAACACAUCUACAGGAGAGGGUCCAAGAAGUUCUCCAAUCAGUGUAUGGACUGACGAAGACGCGCCGUGUGAUCCUCCCAAAAAUAUGGUGGCCAAUAACAUUACGAGUACAAGUGUCACUGUCCAAUGGAGUUACCAUGGAAACUGCCCUAAACCGGGCUUCAUUCAAGGAUACCGACUGACAUACCAGAUGCAUGGGAUAGUACCCAGUCCAUCUGCGUCCUUGAGAGUUUCUGGAGAAAACAAAACGAGAGCAAUUUUGAACGGUUUGAGGCCUUACUCAACCUAUAGAAUUCAACUUCAGGUCUACACUGCUACUGGCCGUGAGGGGAAACCAAGUACUGCCUUAGUCAAAACGAAGGAAGGAGUUCCCAGUCGAGCUCCGUCUGGACUUGAAGCUUAUAUGGUGUGGGAGACAGAUAUCUUCCUUCGCUGGUCCUCAGUCCCCCAGGGAUACGAAAACGGCAUUAUCCGAGGGUUCAAAAUUUUCUUAAACUUAAAAAACGGAGGGAAAACUCAUGUCUUUGUUAUCAGGGAAGAAGGAAAGAGACUGGAGGCUUUAUCCAACCUCAAGCCAUUUUCAGAGUAUGAAGUGUCCAUAUUGGCAUAUACUUUAUCGGGAGAUGGCGUGACAUCGUCAAGUAUCACAGUAACGACAGACGAAAGUGUUCCUAGUGCCCCUCCGUCAAAUGUGACUGUCCAGGAGAAAACUAGUACGAGCAGUCUGUCGAUCCAGUGGAUGGAUGUCCCGGGUAAUGAAACAAAUGGUGAUCUGAUUGGAUAUACGGUGACAUAUCGGGCCGUGAAGGUUGGCGGGAAGGAAGUUGUCGACGAUGUAGUAAAGAAGAAGUCAGUCGGGACUGGAACCCAUUGGAUAACUUUGAACGAUCUGCAGAGUUUUACGACUUAUGAAAUCAGAGUUGCAGGAAUCACACGGCGCGGCGAAGGAGUCUUCAGUCAACCAAUUGAGGGAGAAACCUGUCAUUGUGGAAAGCGACUCACAACAAACUACUGGUUCUACCCUCCUUACGUCAUCCGCUCCUCAACCAAUCACACGAGCGGAAUCUUUAUGGCUAUUCUCGACGAAAUGGUUCUCCACUGCUGCAGUGAUUGUCGAAAUGGCCACGGUACUUCCUUCAUAGAUUAUACCUUAGAUGGGAAUAACAAUCCCUCACAGAAAAACACCGAGGAAGACAUGAGGAUAUCUAUCGACUCUAACACAGAUUUGAGUCUACCAGUGUAUGGUUUUUCUGACCAGCGGAGGUACAUGAAACGCUUCCGGUUUGUGCCUAUCGUGGAGUCCCCUGGGGCAGCAUUUAUUGUGGCAAGGAAGGAGUUUGGAUCUGAAUCACCCAUAGAGCGCCUGGUGUAUGGCUUUGGACCGUUAUUACUAUUUAAUGUGAUGACAAUUUGUUUGACCGGAUUGUUGAUGUGGAUUCUGGAGAGUAUUGGAACUGACUCAAUCUUUCCUCGCUCGUUUCUCAAUGGUUUCCCAGAAGGCAUUUGGUGGUCAUUUGUUACCAUGAGUACAGUGGGGUAA